AUGGUGACCAAGGCAGCGGCCGUGUCACACUCAUUAUCAUCAUCAUGGACGUCCCUUAGCAAGUGGAUCGCGAACAUAAGCAUAAACCAAGCCCCGGUCAAAAGUGCCCGCCUCCGACUACCGAGCACGGCACGCCCAUAUCAUGCUGCGGUGUGGCCCUGCUACGGCAUCACUACUCCUGUCCCCGAACACCCGCUAGCCUUCCACAAAUCGCCUUUUCGAUUCGAGACCGGCUAUGCUUUAUGUGCUAAACGACCGUCACGACCGUUCCCUCCACCCUUUCUCUCACCACCUUCGCACUCGUUUUCGGAUCCUUUGACGACGCACGGCCUCAACCAGGAUAAAAGAUUAUCCGUCAAGGGCGAGCUAAUCCGCGGCUUGAACAAUGGUGACGAUUCCAUCAUUGUUGCUGAGAACUUCCUGGGCGUCGAUGAUGGUGUAGGCGCCUGGGCUACGAAACCCCGCGGUCAUGCUGCGCUGUGGUCUCGACUCCUUCUACACUUCUGGGCCCUCGAGGUCGAAAAGAAUGUCGAUCAAUGCACGGCGACACUCGACCCGGUCGGCUACCUGCAGUCCGCAUAUGAGGAGACCCUGCGGGCAACCACAUCUCCCACUGAGUGGCUAGGAACGACAACCUCCGCGACCGCAAUCCUCCACUGGACCAAGGAACAGAACGGCACGAAGAAACCUUUGCUGUAUGUCACUAACUUGGGCGAUUGCAAGAUUCUCGUGAUUCGACCAAGCGAGAAGAAAGUUCUCUUCCGCACGGCCGAGCAGUGGCAUUGGUUCGAUUGCCCCAUGCAGCUGGGCACGAACAGCAUCGACACGCCCCGGAAAGACGCAGUGUUAUCCAAAGUUGCCGUGCAGGAAGAUGACAUCAUUCUAGCGCUCUCGGACGGCGUCAUGGAUAAUCUCUGGGAGCACGAGGUCCUGAAACUCAUUCUGGAGAGCAUCGACAAAUGGGAGGAAGCGCGCACCGACCCAAAAUUGCGUGCGCAGCAUCCUCAAUUGUCUGAUGAUCGCAAUGUCUAUGUCGCCCGCGAGCUGCUCAACGCGGCCCUCACUAUUGCCCAGGAUCCUUUUGCAGAGAGUCCUUUCAUGGAGAAGGCAGUGGAUGAGGGACUGGCUAUUGAGGGCGGCAAAAUGGACGAUAUCUCCGUCAUUGUCGCAUCUUGCAAGAAACGUGAUGGAUGA